GUUUUUUGAACAUUUGCGUUACUAACCAAGUCGCCAAGUUUCAAAGACUUUCAAGUUAACCAUCAAAUGGAAGUGGAUAUUAAUGUUGAUGUCAGUAAUGUGACUUCUGGGGCAGGAUCCGCAUCAGUGCUUUUACAUCCACUUGUUAUUCUAAAUAUAUCGGAACAUUGGACGCGUAACAAAGUGAAGGAAAACUCCAUAUCUGUUACAGUGUAUGGAGCUUUGCUCGGGAAGCAAGAAGGUCACCAUGUUGAAAUAUCGAAUUCCUUUGAGUUAUUACUUGAUGAACCACACAUGUCAGUUAACUCUGAGUUUUACAGCACUCGUGAAUCUCAAUGUAAACAAGUUUAUCCAGAUUUAGACAUAGUUGGUUGGUAUACCACUGGUGGUGCUAUCAAUGAAAAAGAUGAAUUAUUCAACAGACAGAUGCUAGAGCUUAAUGAAUCUCUCCUCAUAUUAAAGUUAGACCCUCUGCAAACAUGUGGAGAGAACCUGCCAAUCGGGGUUUAUGAGUCAGUAGUAGAUAACGAUGGGAGAGUUCACUUUAGACAGGUACUAUAUACUUUAGCAACUGAUGAAGCAGAACGCAUUGGUGUCGAUUAUGUUGCACGUAUUUCAAUGUCAUCUACUGACCAGACUUCAUCAAUGACUGCUGAACAUUUACUAGGAAAUUAUCAGGCCAUUCAAAUGUUAAGUAGUCGCCUUCAACUAAUAAGAUCUUAUGUUGCAGCUGUUGCAGCAGGAGAAUUACCACCGAAUAGAGCACGACUAAGGGAGAUCAAUGCUCUAGUUAAACGAAUCCCUUUCAUGCCUUCUUCAGCAGCCGAACAAAAUGACAAUUUGUACCGUCAAGCGAAUGAUGUGUGUCUGACAGCACUGCUUGCCAGCAUAACUCAAGGCUUACAUACACUCUACGGUUGUAUGGUCAAAACAUCUCACGUUAUAGAUCGCCGAUCUAUUCCUUUGAGUGUGGGAAGUGGAAUUAUGGACUCAGGUUCCAGUCGUUUUGCCAAAGUUUCCCACUCAAUGGGUAAUUCUAAUUGAGAAGGCAAAAUCUGUAUUUUGUUAAUAGAGUCAGCUUACGUUAUAUACACCGAGAAAAGAUUCCUGUAGUUGUACAUAUUGACGUCACAAUUCUUUUCAAUUCACAGUACUCAAGAACCAUUUGGAUAAAAUCAUAUAUUUGGUUGUACGUUGGCUUGUAUAUAAUUAUAUACUAUAGUGUGGUAACUUGGACAAGCCUAUGGCCUUUUUGUUUUUGAUUUUGAUACAUCAUCUUUGUCACGGCAGAAAUCCAUCGUCAGCUUACUGUUCUAUCGAUAACCAUAAAAUGUAAAUAUAGCUAGAAUUCCAUGUCCUAGUGUCUAAAAGUUAAUGGCUAAUAAUAGUCUCCAGAUACCAGAGUUGAGCCAUCUAUUCGCAUACUAGGUUGUCUCAUGAUCUUGGAAAACAGUUUUUUUCCUCGUAUGUAGUCACAGUAGUUGAUUUAAAGAGAUUCCACAAAACUAAUGUAUUCACUUGCCACUUCUUUCGAAGUCAACAAAUACAGUUUUCUUCACUUUCAUAGAUAAUGAAUUUAUUAGAUAAUCGCCAGGCUUUAAACUUCUGAAUCCUAAUAUCUCCAGAACGCUACAUGAGCAUUUCACCUCUAGUGUACAUUUUUAGAUGAACACAUUAAGAAAACGUUAUGUUCUCCAUAUUAUGUGUCCAUAAUCCACGGAUAGAAGCAAACAAGCUCAGUUAGCCUUCAUAUGAGUACCGAAUAGUAGGAGAGUUAUAGAAAUACCUAUGACCGUGUUCAUGAACACGGUAAUCUGCUUUUGCAAUCUCAUUGACCCUGGUUACCCACCUUUCUUCAAGCUCUUAUGUUUAGUGGUAUGUUGCAAGACAUAGGAUCAUUCAUAAGCUAACAACUGUUCUGUUGCUGUAGUUUCUGAAACUCACCUUUCCUCUAUGGUUGUUUCACUACUUUGUGUACGU